UUGACUUAUUGUGUAUAAAAAAUAAGAAUCUUGGGUGCAUUCAGUCUGAAGAUCAGCCUGCAAUCCCUUCCAUCGCUCACUCUGAGGAGCAUGGCUUGCCGCCGCCAGUACCCCCAGUGUGCACCUGGAGUCCUUGCUGGUUGCCCGCACGCCUUCUAAUCCGAGUGUGGAACAAAGUGGGAAGGGAAGCAGGAAAAGGAAUGUCUGCUGCUUCUGACCAGUAACAAUAAUAAUAAUAAUAAUAAUAAUAAUAAUAAUAAUAAUAAUAAUAAUAAUAUUGGAGCGUGUGCAUGUUUCGGGGAACGCAUCCAUUCUCUCUGAGCUUUAACCAAAGUGAAAACAUAGAGCAAUGGAGUCUCCAACCAAAGAAAUCGAAGAAUUUGAGAGCAACUCUUUGAAAUACCUGCAACCAGAACAAAUAGAGAAAAUAUGGCUUCGUCUCAGAGGACUGAGAAAAUAUAAGAAAACAUCACAGAGGUUGCGAUCUUUGGUAAAGCAGCUAGAGAGAGGAGAGGCUUCUGUUGUUGACUUAAAAAAGAAUUUGGAAUAUGCAGCUACAGUACUUGAAUCUGUGUACAUUGACGAAACCAGGCGUCUGCUGGAUACAGAAGAUGAGCUCAGUGACAUCCAGUCAGAUUCCGUGCCCUCAGAGGUACGGGACUGGUUGGCUUCCACCUUCACACGGCAGAUGGGGAUGAUGCUUAAAAGGACUGAGGAGAAGCCAAGGUUCAGAAGCAUUGUCCAUGCAGUUCAAGCCGGGAUAUUCGUGGAGAGAAUGUACAGGCGAACAUCCAAUAUGGUUGGACUUAGCUACCCACCGGCUGUAAUUGGAGUGCUAAAGAAUGUAGACAAGUGGUCCUUUGAUGUAUUUGCACUAAAUGAUGCUAGUGGGGAUCAUGCACUGAAAUUCAUUUUCUACGAAUUGCUCACGCGCUAUGAUUUGAUCAGCCGCUUCAAGAUUCCAAUUUCUGCUCUUGUCUCCUUUGUGGAAGCCCUGGAAGUCGGCUACAGCAAGCAUAAAAAUCCAUAUCACAACCUAAUGCAUGCAGCAGAUGUCACGCAGACUGUUCAUUACCUCCUUUUUAAGACGGGUGUAGCGCACUGGUUGACAGAGCUGGAAAUUUUUGCUAUGAUCUUUGCAGCUGCCAUCCAUGACUAUGAACACACUGGAACCACCAACAACUUUCAUAUCCAGACAAGGUCAGAUACAGCCAUUCUUUACAAUGACCGGUCUGUGCUCGAAAACCAUCACCUUAGUGCAGCAUUUCGCCUUCUGCAAGAUGAUGAGGAGAUGAACAUUUUGUCUAACCUCUCCAAGGAUGAUUGGAGGGAAUUCAGGACCCUGGUGAUAGAGAUGGUGCUGGCUACAGAUAUGUCCUGUCACUUCCAGCAAAUCAAAGCCAUGAAGAACGCACUGCAGCAGCCAGAAGGAAUCGACAAACCAAAAGCCUUAUCGCUGAUGUUGCAUACAGCUGACAUCAGUCAUCCUGCCAAGGCAUGGGACCUCCAUCAUCGCUGGACCAUGUCACUGCUUGAAGAGUUUUUCAGACAGGGCGACAAAGAAGCGGAACUUGGUCUUCCUUUCUCCCCUUUGUGUGAUCGUAAAUCCACCAUGGUUCCUCAGUCUCAGAUAGGUUUUAUUGAUUUCAUUGUGGAGCCCACUUUCACUGUGCUGACUGACAUGACGGAGAAGAUUGUAACGCCUCUCAUUGAGGAAGCAUCCCACUCUGGCCUGACAGGGUUUAGACGCUCCAGUCUGAAUAGCAUCAGCCCCUCAGAAGUUAAAAGAUCGAGUGUCAAGAGCACUGGAUCAGAAGGAAGUGCCUCUCUCAACUGUUCCAUACUCACUGUGGACUUCAAAUGUUUUAAGAACACUUGGACCGAGGUGGUGCAACAAAACCGAGAAAAGUGGAAAGCACAAGCAACCAAAGAAGAAAAAGUGAAGAAAGAAGCAGAGGAGAAUUCUCAACAGGCUACUGAAGACAAGAAAAUAGAUGAAAAAGAAGGGAAAAAGCCAAUGGAGGAAACCACUGCCAGCAAGUCAGAGAAGAGUAAAGAAGGGAAUUCAGGGGAGACUAAGAGCACAGAAGCCAGUAAGAGUAAACUCAAUGGGACUCGUCAAACUGGUGGUAGCAAGCAUGAUGCUUCUCCAGGGAAAAACAUAACUCAGGUGGAAAAGGAGACAGAGUUCAGUCCAGCAGCAGGAGACCAGAAGCAGCAUGUACAGAACGAUACAGAAGAGUAAAAACACACACACACAUAUGUAAUCAAAAAGAGACUGCAAAUUUCUUUCAUCAUUUUAACUGAUCUUCAUUAUUCUUCUCCUCCUUCCACAAAGACCUGUUUCUGGGGAGGGCAUUACGCAGCUUUCCAGGCCCUGCUUCUUUUCCUCCUCUCACUGGCUACUUCGCAGUUAAUGACUCUUGAGGCUUUCACUUCAGGAUUUUUUAAAACUUGUUUUUUUUCAUGUAAGUGAAGGUUUGGGGCAUUUUUCCCUCUCUCCCCUGCUCUCUCUCUCUCUCUCUCUCUUUAAAACAAAGUUUCCCCUUAGCAAAAUUACUCCUCUUUCAGGACUUACAAAUAAAGCAAGUGUGAGAUCUUAUGUUGGUAAAAUGAGUUCCAGCUUGUGAAGGAUAUUUUGACAAGACAAAGCAGAGAACUGACCCAUCCAUGGAAAGAGGCUUGAAAAACACUCCAUCAGUUAUUUUAAUGUACAAGAAAGAAAGGAAGGAAGGAAGAAAAGAAGAAGAAGAAGAGGAGGAAGAGGAAGAAGAAGAGGGAGCAUUUAAUUGUCUGUCCAUUUGAUGCCAUGAUUCAGUGUUGGGUUUUUGUUUUUGACAAAAAGAAUUCUGCCUGUUUUACAGAUAAGAAGCAAAUUGCUUAAUUCCUAGUCAGCUUUAUAGUAUUAUUUUUUUAAAAAAACAACAGCAACAAAUAUUCUCUAGAUUUUAUUUGCUGGAGGCCUGCUUGAUUUGUAUCUUUGACUGUCAUUCGUUUCAUCAAUUGUCUUGUUGGUUUGGCCCUGUUACAUGAAUGUUGCACAGGCUUUGGGUGAUUGUGUUGCCUUCUGUAAAAGGAGCAUCCACAUGACAGGAUCACUUCUAACCUUUUCAGCCACCUCUCAAAACACUGUGGGAAGCAUCCCAAUUCCUCCUGUGAGAUCAUUUUUCAGCACUGAAUGGCUUGAGGAAGGGACAGGUAAUGUGCCAGUACAGGCAAAUGGAGUGCAGUGUGCAUUCAUGUCAGUUAGUCUUUCUGGGUUUGGAUCACCUGCCUGUGAUACCAGUAUGAAGUAGGAGGAGAUUGGAAAUGGCAUCCGAGCAGUAAAAGGCAGGUGGCUGAUACUGCCAAUAUGUCAGCUGGGCCAGGAGAGAGUAGGGCAUUCCCAGUUACAGGAGCUUAGCUGUACACUGCUUGCUGCAAUGCCUCCUAUUAACCUCCAAUUCCAGAGGAAAUGACUUCCUUUCCCCCUCACCUGUCCUCAGCGCAUGGCAAACUACAAGGCUGGUGAAAUCUCCAGUGCCAGAAUGCACAGCUCUAGAGCCUGAUUCCAACUCAGGGAAGAUUUUGGUGGCUGCAUUCCAGUUGGGGGCAGAGGGGAGAGAGGGGUCCAAAGAAAAAAGGGACAGGCCAAGAUGACCAGUGGAUUUUAGCUUAACGCUCUUACUACCAGGAAGAAAGCUUUGGGAGAGACAUUCCAGUCUUGUAGAAAACCACACAAAAAUGUACAAAAACCAAGAAGGAAACUGCACCAAAGCUAGGAAACUACCAAAACAAUAGACAGUUAAGGAAAAGGGAUCAGGCCAAGGCAGUGACAUCUAGCAAACCCCACAAGGCCAAGCUGUUUUGAGCUGGUCCUCGUCUCCCAACCUUUUGCCUUUUCUCUUCCUGGAGAGGCGCUUCCAGCACUUUUAUUACGCUAAAACUGGCCAACGAGGCUGGCUUUGUGGUACAGAGUGAGCAAUAUAAAGGUGGUUAACAAGAAGCAUCCAUCAAGUUAAUGAUCCUUCUAAUUCUGCUCAUUUCAGAAAGUUCCAGACUGAAUUCCCCUCCUCUCUCCCCCGCAAAACUGACUUUCAGGGAGGUUUGUGCUGCUUGUGGGUGACAUGGCAGGAACCCUGGACAUGACCUAAUUGACUUAUCUGACUUGAUUUCAGACCAAAUCUACUGAAAAAAAACCUCCUGAUGACUUCAGUAGGGUAUCUGAAAUGUAGAGUGCAUGAAAAGCUCUCUACCCAAGCAUGAUUUCAGGCAUCCUGCUUAGGUCUGCAUUUAGGUUGCAAUUCUAUACCUGCAUAUGUGGGAGUGAGUCCAAUUGCUCUCAGCAGGACUUACUUAUGAGUAGAUACAUAUAGGAUUGCACUGUUCAAGGGUUCUUGGUCCAAGCCCUACCCUUUGGGGCAACAUUCUCAUGACAGAGUGGACCAUCCACCACUGGUAUACGCAUCCUGAAAGAACAGCACACAAGUAAGGAACCCUUUAAUUGGGAUGUCAGCCCUCAUGGAAUUCCGCCCAGGUUGGUUAUUUCUGUGUGCCCCACAUGCGUUAUCAGUCCGUCCUUCUUCCAACGUAAGUGUGUGUGGAUUUGCAAGCCUCUCUCUCAUACCCUUUGGGCUAUUGGGCAGUAUAGACAUUGUUUUAAAAAAUGAAAUACAUACAUUUUUCUGGAAGAUUCCUGGUUAUUGUAGAUUUAGGAAUUCUGACAUACUGAGGAAGGAUUAUACCCAUAUUCCUGCAGGAUCCACUGCACUGGUAAAAGUGGAUUCUCCAUUCCCUCUUUCCAAUGUCAGCCCCUCCAGUGCCCUGCAAGUGCUGCACAAAGACAAGGAAUCCCUCUGGGAUGUGCUCUGUGUGUGUGUGUGUGUGUGUGUGUGUGUGUGUGAAACAAACCCCAAAAUUGGGUGGAGGGAACUGCCAUAAACAGAGCCCCUCUCCAAGAAAGGCAGAUCCUGCAUCCAACCCCAAGUGUUCAUGCUAAGUUAGUUUAAAAUAUAUUUAUGCUUGUAGGCAUUGCAGCUUUAUGUACCUCCCCACUAAAGUUCAGGGUGUAAAAUAACAUUUCUUCUCUCAUGCCUCAUACUGUUAUGAAAAAUGGGAAAUUGAGGAUAAAAAUAACAGGGACUUGCUUAAUGCCGCUGAGCCCUCAACUGUACAGGGUAGAUUUUCCCAAGUUGUUACCUUCUGGGUGUGUUUGGCUACAAAGAGGAAGGUAAAGAUCUCUUCUUGCUGAUGACAGAGUGUAGGACACGGAAUAAUCAGUUCAAGUUGCGACAGCCCAGAUUCAGGCUGGACAUCAGGAAAAGCUUCCUCACAGUCAGAGCA